AUGGCGCUGUCCAUGGCCGCCGCCCGAGGGGGGCUCUGGCGCCUCGGCCCCGCCGCCCUCGGCCCCCCCCGGGGCCGCACGGAGCUGCUGCCCGCCCUGGGGGCGCCCAGGUGCCGGGUGUGCAGGUCGCAGGUGUGUCCCCUCUCCUCCCGGGCCACCUCCCGGGCCCUCGUGGCCGCCGUGGUCGCCGUGGCCCGCAGGGUCAACGCCAGGUACGAGCGGUACCUGGAGAGGAGCUUCCCCCGGUUCUACCUCCUGUACAGCACCUUCACCUCAGGGAUCCAGGCGCUGUUCCUGGAGGUGAAGGAGAUCAGCAGGAUCAGGGCCAGGAUGUCCCGGCAGCGCCUCAAGGUGCAGCAGCUCCCGUACCGGGACAUGGAGCGGCUGCGCCAGUUCCGCAGGGACGCGCUCAAGGCCAUUCCCAUCGGGAUCAUCGCCAUCCCCCCCUUCGCCAACUUCCUGGUCAUCGUCCUCAUGUAUCUCUUCCCUCGGCAGCUCCUGAUCCGCUAUUUCUGGACGCCGCAGCAGCAGCGGGAGUUCCUGGCGGUGGACGAUUCCAUCCGCAGGGCCUCGUACCCCGCCGUGCUGCAGGGCCUGGCGCGGGCCGCGCGCUCCCUGCCCGAGCCCCGGCCCCGGCAGCUGCUGCAGCAGCUCUGCUCCCAGGUGUCACCCGCCCUCCUGGGGCUCCUGCAGGUGCAGGGAGGUGCCCGGCCCCACCUGGCCCAGCUCUUGGCCGUCAGGAGUUCCUUCUCGGGGUCUGCGCUGGUGCUGAGCGGGCUGCAGGUUGAUCACGUGAGAGCCCUGAGCCGGGUGCUGUUCCUGACCCCCCACUUACCGGCCGUUCUCCUGCGGCAUCGCCUGCUCAGCCACGUCCUGGAGAUCCGGCACCUGGACCGGGCCCUGCUGCGCUUGGGGCUGGGGCAGCUCUCUGAGGAGGAGCUGCGAGCGGCCUGUUACCUGCGUGGGCUCAACUCCACCCACCUGGGCAGGGCCGAGUGCGGGGCGUGGCUGGAGCAGUGGCUGCAGCUCUCCUGUGAGCUCCAAGCGUCCGAAGCGUCUCUCCUGGCCCACAGCAUGGUCCUGCUGUCCCUCAACUACAGCUGGCCCUCCGAGUGAUGGCCCCUCACCCCUCACCCGGCCUGGUGUCCCUGCCCUUGGGCACGAGUGCCCCGCCCGGGGAUUCCCAGCCCGGGCUGCCGAAAUCCCGAAAUCCUGAAAUCCCGGCGGAGCCCGCGCUGGGUCCUCACUCCCCUCGGAGCCCUCGGGAGCGGCCGGUGGGGCCGAGCACGACCAGGAGGCGUGGCCUCGUUGUGCCAGCAAUUAACUGCGUCCCGCUAAUUAUGGGAGACCGUGAGUGGCUGCGCGGCCCGGGGACGGCCCCAUGGGAUCCGGGCACUUCGUGCCGGAGGCUUUUCCCUCGUUUCUUUUGUGCACUGAACAGUCUUAAAUGUAAAACCCCCCGACCCCGAAGGGUUCGGAGACGCCCCCAAAUCCCACCUCGGACCUUCCCAGGAGGAUUCCGGGGUUUGUCUGUCCGGA